AUGAUUCUGCCCGGAUUCAGAGCCGCAGUCGUGCUCACAGCCCUGCUGAGCACCAUGCCAGGCUGUGCGGCAAGCAAAGAGACCGCCGUUGAAGCAGCCGAGGCUGGAAUCUACGCCAACGCCUCCGCCACCCCCGACAUCAACUCGCAGUGCCAGCUGAUACAACGGGAAACCGAUCGUCUCUUCGGAAAGCCGCUGACCAGGGACGAGUACUACGAGCGCAACUGGCUGUGGCUGCGGUGCCGCACAUCAAUCAACCCGACGUUUGACGCUGGCGGAAGCUGGGUGGGGGAAUGGGGAGUCUCGGUAUACGAAGGCCUCCAGAACAGAGGCUGCGGGUUCCUCAACUGGCACUUCAAGUACGUCAAUCAGCGAGAUUGGGGAGACGUCAUGUUCGGCUUCGACUCCAACGAUGAAUGCGAGGCCAAGGGCCUCAAGGGCGUUUCCACCAAACUCUUGGACAUGGCAAGGGAGACGGCCCGCAAACUCGAUCGUGAGUUUCAUGUCUGGAAUUGCGAGCAUCUGGAUGGAAUAUACGCCGUGGGCACAGAGGGGCUCGAGAAAGCGCCUGGCACAAGCAAGGGGUGA